GAACUAAAAGAUCAAAUGGCAUCAAGAAUGUUCAACGCGGGAGUGGCCGAGGGACAAUCAACCACGAGGCCACCGUUGUUCGAUGGAACAAACUACUCGUAUUGGAAGGAGAGGAUGAGAAUCUUUAUCCAAUCCAACGACUACAAGCUGUGGUUGAUUGUGAAGAACGGCUAUCGAGUCCCUAUGAAGAAAGUCGGUGAAGUCAACGUCCCCAAAACCGAAGAGGAGUUCACCGACGAAGAUUGCAAAAAGAUGGAGCUCAACGCAAAGGCAAUAAACAUGAUUUAUUGCAGUGUUAAUGUGGAUGACUACCGCAAAAUCUCGCGGUGUGAAACCGCAAAACAAAUGUGGGAGAAAUUGGAGGUCACCUACGAAGGAACCGCGCAGGUUCGAGAGGCCAAAAUUGACCAUCUCACUCACGAGUAUGAACUCUUUUCAAUGAAGGAAAAUGAGAAGAUUGAGGAAAUGUUUGAGAGAUUCUCUAACAUCAUCAAUCCUCUCAAUCUUCUUGGGAAGACAUACACCGACUGAGAGCUCGUGAGAAAGGUGCUGCGAAGCCUAUCCCCCAAAUGGCGUUCAAAGGUGGAUGCAAUCGAAGAAGGUCGUGACUUCCAAACAACGACCUAUGAUGCUCUUCGAGGUAAUCUUAUUACCUACGAAACCACCCAACUCUCAAAGGUGGUUGAAGAGAGGAACAAGAGGUCUAUUGCUCUACCCGCAACAACAUC